AUGGCCCAGCAGAAUGCCCGUCAAUUCCGUGGAGUUAAGAGCAUGCGGGAGCUGGCGGAAGCCCCAACCGUGACGGCCUUCCGGGCGAGAUUCGAAGCCGGUCGCUCCUUCGAUCUCGAUGACGACUUGGAGUUCUGCCCGAACCUUCUGACUGAUGAGGAUCUGCACUCCAUUCACUCUGCCUCGUCCGACCGUUCGUCACUCUCCAGCGGGUCGCCGGAUACAUCGCCUCUGCAGCACCAGAUCCAGCCGGUGCAGCAGGUCACUCCGUCCAUCUCCCUCUCUCCCGCCUCGACCAACUCCUUUGUCCACGCCGGUGUCGCCGCCAACCCUAAUCAUGUCAACUACCACCAGCCUGCUGCCAACCGGACCCGCAAGGUCAUUCCCAUCGUUAAUCCCACCACCGGGAUGACCAUGACCAGCCCGCCGGCGUCGAUGUCGCCAGCGAUGCUGCAGACUGCUCAGCGUCGAUGGUAA